AUGGCCGACAGCCAACCCUCGACAUCAAAAUUUACACAUCCAUCUACUUCAAAAAUGGUGGAGACUGCAAUCUUGGAAAUGAAGGAACGAAAAGGAUCUUCAGUUCAGGCAAUCAAAAAAUACAUUGCCACACAUUUUGAUGUGGACAUUGAUGUAAUCUACCCAAGAAUAAAAAAGUACCUCAAAAAAGCGGUAGAGGAAGGAAUUCUAGUUCAAGUGACUGGCAUUGGAGCUUCAGGAUCUUUUAAAUUUUCGAAGCACAGAAAGGACGAAAUAAAAAAGGAAGAGAAAGCCGAGACUGCAAAGCUCGAAAAAAAAACAGAGGACUUUAAAGACCAGCUUAAGAAGAAGAAAGUGACUCAGAAAAAGAAGGCGACGGAAAAGAAGAAGCCGGUGGAAAAAAAGAAGACUAUGCCCAAGGUCAAGGCCAUCAAAGCAUGA